AUGGAAAAUGCUUCACAUGUCACUGUUUUCACACUUUCAGGUUUAAAUUUUACCUUUGAACAACGGAUUGUGCUCUUCCUGUUGACUUCACUGUGGUACUUAAUGAUUCUGGGGGGAAAUAUCACUCUUGUCUUUGUAAUUGUUAUAGAUAAAAAUCUCCAUGAGCCUAUGUAUAUAUUUUUGUGUAAUCUAUGCAUUAAUGCUUUAUAUGGAACUGUUGGUUUUUAUCCAAAAUUCCUCUUAGAUCUGCUUUCAUCCCAUGUGAUUUCUUACGGAGGAUGCAUGCUACAGGGUUUUGUGAUACAUUCAUCCACUUGCGGUGAUUUUUCUAUUUUGGCUCUGAUGGCAUAUGAUAGAUAUGUGGCUAUAUGCCGACCUCUAGCUUAUCACUCAGUCAUGACAAAACAGCGAGUUUCUAUCUUUGUGUUUUUCACCUGGCUCAUACCUCUGUAUUGCAUGUUCAUGAACACGGCAACAAUAUUACACAUUGAGUUAUGUGGAUCGAACAUAAAUAGGCUCUAUUGUGUUAACUGGAUGAUAACUAGACUUGCUUGCUCACCACCAUUAGCAAACACUGCAGUCACAUAUAUGAAUUUGCUGUUUUACUUUGGUCAUUUUGUGUUUAUUCUUUGGUCCUACAUGUUUUUGAUAAGACAGUGCAUAUCAUCUAAAGAGAACCAUGGAAAGUUCAUGCAAACAUGCUUGCCACAUUUAAUCUCUCUGGUCACUUUUACGAUAGCUGUACUUCUAGAUUUAUUGUACAUGAGAUUUGGGUCUCCUGCUGUGUCACAAAAUCUCAGUAAUUUUAUGGCAACUGAAUUUUUGCUUAUUCCUCCAUUUGUGAAUCCACUUAUAUAUGGAUUUAAACUCACCAAACUACGUAACAAAAUGUGGAACUUUGUGUAUAAAAAAGGAAAUUUGUGA